GCUCCGCCGGCACCUCCCCGCUGCUCAGUUUUCUGACUCAAGCCUGGGACCCGUCUCCCGCCCUCAUAGACCCAAUCCAGAAAUCGAAACUGAACCGGUCUCCAUGCAGACGGCGCCUGCACCCCCUGGAUCCCCUUGUCGACCACAGGACUCUGCCCUGACCUCCACGCCCACCAUGCCUCCCCCAGAGGAACCCUCCAAAGACCAGGAACACAGCCAGAGCUCUGCGGAGCAAGCCAUAAAGGAGGAAUUUCAGUUUCUGCGCUGCUCCGGCUGCCAGGCUCAAGCCAAGUGCCCCAAACUGCUGCCUUGUCUGCACACGUUGUGCUCCGGAUGCCUGGAGGCGCGCAGCCUUCAGUGCCCCGUCUGCCAGGCACCGGGCUCGGCCGGUGCUAAUGCGGAGGUCCUGGAUAACGUGUUCUUCGAGAGCCUGCAGCGGCGCCUGGCCGUGUUCGGGCAGAUCGUGGAUGCGCAGGCUGCGUGCACCCGCUGCAAAGAGUUGGCUGACUUCUGGUGUUUCGAGUGUGAACAGCUCGUGUGCAGCAAGUGCCUCGAUGCACACCAGUGGUACCUCAAGCAUGAGGCCCGGCCCCUGGACGAGCUCCGCGACAGCUCAGUGAGCGAAUUCCUCGACAGUACCCGCAAGUCCAACAUCUUCUGCUCCAAUACCAACCACCGCACCCCUACGCAGACUAACAUCUACUGCCAGGGCUGUGCCAAGCCUCUGUGUUGCGCAUGCGCGAUCCUGGACCGCACCCACAGCCAUCUCCAGUGCGAAAUUAGUGAGGAGAUCCAGCAGCGGCAUGAGGAGCUGGGCACCAUGACGCAGGCUCUGGAGGAGCAGGGCAGAACCUUCGACAGUGCCCACAUACAGAUGCGCACAGCCAUAGGCCAGCUGGACCAUGCACGCGCAGACACCGAGCAGCAGAUCCGUGCACGCGUGCAGCAGGUGGUGGAACAUGUGCAAGCUCAGGAGCGUGAGCUGCUCGAGGCCGUGAACGUGCGCUACCAGCGCGACUACCAGGAAAUAGCUGGCCAGCUGCGCCACUUGGAAGCUGUGCUGCAGCGCAUCCGCACUAGUGCAGUGCUGGUCAAGAGGAUGAAGCUCUACGCCUCCGACCAGGAGGUGCUGGAUAUGCAUGACUUUGUGCGCCAGGCACUCUGCCGCUUGCGCCAGGAGGAGCCCCAGAACCAGAAAUUCCGGCUGCGCACUAGCGGCUUCGAGGAGUUCAAGUUGUGCCUGCAGGACCUCAUCUCCUGCAUCACCCAGAGAACAGAUUCAGCUGUAGCUAAGAGAGCCAGCCCAGAGACAGCCAGCAUUCACUCAGAGGCAGCCAGCACUCACUCAGAGGUUGCCAGCACUCAGACAGAGGCAGCCAGCACUCCUGAGGACCCGACUGACCUUGAGCAGCCCAAAGAAGUGCAGAGGGCACAGGCUCAGGCCCUGGAGCUGUCUAAGACCCAACCUGUGGCGAUGGUGAAGUCAGUGCCUGGAGCACACCCUGUACCAGUGUAUGCCUUCUCUAUGAAAGAAGCCCCCACCUACAAAGAGGAGGCUUCUCAGACAUCCAGCCCCAUGAAGAGGAAGUGCUGUCACCCAGAUUGCUCCAGGAAGCUCAUCAAGAUGGAGUCCACAGAGGAGAAUGAGGACAGGUGGGACACAGGCUCCCCUGAGCAGCCUAGACCCAGCACUUCCAAGGCCUCACCUCCGCAUCAGGAUGGGACUUCCAGACCUGAGAGCACCGUCCCUGAAAAAGAGAACCCCCUGCCUAUCAACAAUCAUGUUACCAGUAACACAGGAGAAACAGAGGAGCGCAUCGUGGUAAUCAGCAGCUCAGAGGACUCAGAUGCCGAGAAUAUGUCCUCCCACGAGCUGGACGAUAGCAGCAAUGAGUCCAGCGGCAUCCAGCUGGAGGGCCCUAAUUCCCUCAAGGCCUUGGAUGAGAGCCUCGCUGAGCCCCGCUUAGAAGACAGGACCCUGGUUUUCUUUGACCUCAAGAUUGAUGAUGAAACCCAGAAAAUUAGCCAGCUGGCAGCCGUGAACCGGGAGAGCAAGUUCCGAGUGCUCAUCCAGCCCGAGGCCUUCAGUGUCUACUCUAAGGCCGUCUCCCUGGAGACGGGGCUACAGCAUUUCCUCGGCUUCCUCACCUCCAUGCACCGUCCCAUCUUGGCAUGUCCUAGGCUGUGGGGGCCCGGACUCCCCAUCUUCUUCCAGGCCCUGAAUGAUAUUAACAAACUGUGGGAAUUCCAGGAAGCCAUCUCAGGUUUCUUGGCUGUGUUGCCCCUCAUCCGGGAACGCAUACCGGGCGCCAGCAGCUUCAAACUUAGGAACCUAGCCAAGACCUACCUGGCGAGAAACAUGAGUGAACGGAGUGCCCUGGCUGCUGUUCUGGCCAUGCGAGACCUGUGCUGCCUCCUUGAGAUCUCCCCAGGACUGCGGCUGCUCCAGCAUAUCUACUCCUUCAGUAACUUGCAGUGCUUUGCUUCCCUGCAGCCCCUAAUUCAGGCAAAUGUCCUGCCGCCGCCUGAGGCCCGCCUCUUGGCCAUCCACAGUGUGAGCUUCCUGGAAUUGCUGACUGCGUACCGUAGCAACCGGCAAGAGGGCUUGAAGAAGUAUGUCCGCUAUCUGAGCCUGCAGACCACCCCGUCAUCGACUUCCACCCACGUUGCCCAAUUCCUGCAGGCUCUGAGCACCUACCUGGAAGGACUGUUGGAAGGCCAUGACCCUGCUGGGGUAGAAGGCAAUGCUGCUUCUCUGUCUGGCAGAGCUGAAAAUAAGGGAUGCCUGGCCUAGCUGCUUAGCACAGAGGGAGGGGCAUCCCUGAGCCAGGCUCCACCCUUUGCUACAUUCCCAGGCCCUGAUCAUUUAGUUCAGAACAGAUAUCCUUUCUCUGGGACCAAACUCCCUUUCUCUAAAAUUCCUGCAGCAGACACCAAAGGCACCCCAGACUUAGACCUCCCUUCUAGAAGCAGAACCAGGAAGGCUUGCACAAAGAAGGCAUGGCCUCUGGGCUCUCAAGUGCCCUAGUCACCACCUACCACUACCACGGGUGGCCUUGAAGCUCUCCCUGGAUGCUCAAUCCAAGUCCCAAGUGACCUGCUGAUGGCCCACUUUAAGGUGGCACCGGCCGCUGUACCAGCAGCCCCACGAGCACGCAAAGUGCCUUUCGAACCAAAUUGCCCUCACGAAUUUGGGUUUUCUUGGCCCCAACUGACGAGAGGCUAACCGCGUUCAAUUUUAUUUUUCUUAAAGUACUUUUGUUCCGAGGGGGCCUUCCCGCAGCAGAGAGACAGGAAGUGUUGCUCCAUUCACACCCAUUUCCACACGCUGACCCUUCAGACUUUUUGUUCAUUAGGCCACCUGUUCAGCCCUUCCACGGGACAUCCAGAGGAGCACGGGCAUCUCGAGCUUGGGAAGGGUUUUACCGAAGGUCUCCAGAAUCAGGCUCUGUGGAGCAGGGCCUAUAGUGUCAACAGGUUCUCCCGGUGGUUCUCUAUGCUUAAUUCGGAGCAACAUUGUUGCCUCAGACCACACAUCCCCCACAGAGGGAAGCUGAGAACCCCCCUGGCCAUGCACGUUGAGUUCAAUUAGGAAAAGGCCAGAACUCCAGCGUUCUGUGCGAUGGCUGGCCUGCGGUAUUACCUCAGUCCCCAGCCGGCUCUACUGUCCUGGGCUUUCAGGGUUGGGCAGCAGGCUACUGGAGCACCCUUAAGAUGCAUCCUUACCCUUGGACCCCAGCUCUCAUUCUGAGCCUUUGCUCCCUGACCUUACGGCCAUCUUGGAGGUCAGUUGUUCCCUGUGGUUGUCUGAACUGCUAUUGCUGUUCAUCUCCCUCCCUGAGCCAUUCCCUGCUUGCUCCUAGGGUGUCUUCCAGACAGCCCAGAGUGCCAGUCUUGGCAGCCUCCACUUUGAUACGGGCGAUGCCUGCCUGCUCACACCUCUCAGUCAUCCUAAGGGUGUUCUAAGGGAGAGGUUCUCAACCUUCCCAGCGCUGCAACCCUUUAAUACAGUUCCUCAUGUUGUGGGGACACCCCCCCCCCCGCAGCCAUAGCGUCAUUUUGUUGCUACUUCACGACUAAGUUUGCUAGUUAAUAAAUUGUAAACAUUUGG